UUUCAUGUUUUGAUAUAAGUUUUAAGAAAAUUAAUUUCUCCUAUAGAAUAUUAAAAAUAAUAUGAAUAUUAUGCUAGAUUUCAUAUAUUUACAUUCAAAGGAGUUUUAAAGACCGAGUUGAUAUCAUCUUUAACUUCCUAUGACUGCACAGUGCACCCCUAUUCCUUAAGUAUAUCUGUUUCUUUGAGUGUUGGACAUUUUUUGUUUUUAUUUCUCGUGAAAAAGAAAAAUGGUAUUCGAUCAUUUUAAUAUAGAUUUUGUGAUUUCGUAUUAAAUAUUCAAUAGUUUGUUGUAUUUAUCAUUAAUCUGUGAACAAGAAUGUUUUUAUAGAGAUCAUUGCAGUUCGAUGUGCUGUGAUGAAAUGUCAAAAUUUUCGUGGAUUAGUGCCAGAGAAAAUUCGAUUUCAUGAAAAAUUGUGAAUUAGACAUAAUCACGGAUUACGACAAAUUACUAAUUUUUUUCUAGUGUUUUAAUUCUAUUUACCUAAUAGUGCAACAUUUAUGUUUGAUGAUUGUGCACAUUUCACACUGAAGGGUCCAUAACGACUGGUGAGAAGUGGAGAUGAGUACUCCACCGCCAGUGCAGCUGGAGGUCGAGGUUGGUGAUGGCUCAAUGGAUGACGAGACCCCCGACAUGAUACCCGCCGACAGGUACACGUUGCCGGCUCGCGCUGAUGCUGUAGUGGAACUAUGGCGGAAGAAUCUGCAGGAGGGUGUACUGGCGCCCUCGCACUUUCAAGAUCAUUGGCGCGUCACCGUUCCGAGAAUAUAUUCGCCACAACCCAACAGAACAUGUUUGGACUGGUCUUUCGACGAGGAACUAGCUGCCAAAUUGCUCAUCCAACCCCUAGAACAGUUCAUAUGGGGUACAACAGAAGGAUCUCAACCGGGUCCCCCUCGUCGCUCUACACUCUGCGGACGGGUGUUCAAACAAGGCGAACCUGCAUAUAGUUGCAGAGAAUGUGGCAUGGAUAACACUUGCGUACUCUGCGUGGAGUGCUUCAAGGUAUCAGCUCAUAGACACCACAAGUACAAGAUGGGGCAGUCCGGUGGCGGCGGCUGCUGUGACUGCGGUGACGCCGAGGCCUGGAAACGGGAUCCAUUCUGUGAUUUGCAUGCUGCUCCAAGCGAUCAACCGCCCGAGGCAGGCAUAAGCGAGGAUGUUAUAAGAAGAAUGAAGAUCGUAGCAUCAGCUUGUUUGACUUAUUGUCUAAGGCUGCUUACACACGAUCACGCUCCAUGCUUGCCGAACGAUCUCAGAUUGAAAGACACGGAGCGCGACAUCCUGCAGAUACUGGACCAGCCGGAUUGUUACUGCACGGUGCUCUACAACGACGAAACUCACACCUUCGAGCAGGUGAUAACAACGUUGAUACGCGUGACGAAGUGCAACCACCGCGACUCCGUGGAGCUGGUGAGCCUCAUCGACCGCGAGGGUCGGGCGCUCAUCAAGUGCAACUCGUUCCAGGUCUGCGACAAACUCAAAACGGACAUCGAGAUCUGCACGGCGAUGUUCGAAAGGUUCACGGCGCGCCAGAGCUCCACGCUGAAGGUGCUGGUCAUGCACGCGCACGUCAUCGCGCACCAGACCUUCGCCAUGAAGCUGCUCACCUGGCUUCAGAACUUCGUAAGCCAAGAGCAGAGUCUGCGCAUGGCCGUGUCCCACGUGGCGCUGGGCGAGGACAUGUGGGGCUCGAGCACGGCGGUGGGGGGCGGCGGGGUGGCCGUCGGCGUCAUGCAGAACGACUUCCGCAUGUGGAAGGCCGCCAGGACCGCCUGGCAUCGGCUGCUCAUCGCCACCACGCUCAUGGACUAUUCUACGAAGAGAACCAUGGCUAUAUUAUUCACCAAAAAUUAUGGCUCAAUACUGAAGGACUUCAUACGAGACGACCACGACCACUCGUUCUCGAUAUCGUCGCUGUCGGUGCAGCUGUACACGACGCCGACGCUGGCGCACCUGCUCAUCGCGAAGCACGACGCGCUCUUCGUCGUGCUCAACACUUUUGUGAGCGAGUGUAACCGACGCUGCAAUAAUGGUCGUCUAGAGUUCGAUCGCAACCACGUGUCGGUGGCGUACAAGCGCGCCCAGUUCGUGCUGUUCGACGUGAAGUACCUGCUGGGCUCCGUGCCGGCGAGCUUCGACGACGACCUGCGGAAGGGUUUCCUGCACGGGCUCUCGUUGCUGCUCAACCUGUUCGUCAUGAUGCAAGGGAUGGACUCGGUUGUUAGACAGGUGGGUCAGCACAUGGAAUACGAGCCGGAGUGGGAGUCCGCGUUCAACUUGCACGUGAAGCUGGCGCAGUCCAUCACCAUGUCGCUGGAGUGGUGCGCGGCCGAGCGGCCCCUCACCGCCUCCGCCUACCGCAUGGCGCUGCGCCGCCACGCCGCCGCCACCGCGCCCGCGCCGCGACAGCUCAAAGAGCUGGGUAACCAGAGCGCGUCCGUGAUCCCGUACGACGUCUCCGUGGACCCGGUGUCGAUCCAUCGUCCCCUGUCGCGGUACAUUGCGGGCCUGCACCUGCUGCUGCACCGCCACGGCCUGUCCUACCACAGCCCGGAGUUCGAUCGACAGGACAAACAAAAAUCGUCGCCGGAGGAACUCAUCGAGCCAGUGCUGCAGACAAUGGCGAUGAUAGCCCAAGUUCACGCCGGCAUGUGGCGGAGGAACGGCUUCGCCUUACUCAAUCAGCUGUAUUUCUACCACAACGUGAAGUGUCGGACCGAGAUGUUAGAUCGGGACGUCGUCAUGCUGCAAAUUGGCGCAUCUCUAAUCGAAAGCAACGAAUUCAUGAUACACGUACUGAACAAGUACAACCUACUGGACUGGGCGUCACCUGAAUUCGAGAAGCAAAGCAUCGAGGACGACACACUGAGACACACAAUUAGCAUGGUGGAAGAGUUCCUGGGGCUACUAAUUACUAUUGUCGGUUCUCGCCACGUGCCCGGCGUCGGGGAAGUGACCAACGAAGACAGAACAAAAAAAGAGAUUAUACAAAUGCUCUGUGUUAAACCGAUGCCACACUCGGAACUCAACAGGUGUCUACCAGAGGAUCAACUGCACGAAACUGGUCUCGAAUCUGUCAUCAACGAGGUGGCGGACUUCGUGAAGCCAACGAGCGGCACGAACCGCGGUCUCUACAAACUCAAAUCGCACUUGUACGAUGAAUACGACACUUUCUUCUAUCAUUACACAAGAGAAGAACUGUCCAGGAGCGAAGAGGAACAAAGGAACAGAAGGAAGGCUGCCGGCCUGUCGGAGUGCUGCCCGCCGCCGGUGCUGCCGAAGCUGUCGCCGCCGUUCUCGAUGCUGGCGCACCUGCUGCAGAGCGACGCGGCGCUGCUCGUGCUGCGGACCGUGCUGCUGCGGGCCCUCGACCUGCGGGCGCGCGCCUUCUCCGAGACGCAAGUGCACAAGGCGCUCCACUUAAUGGGCUACGCAAUUCGAGACGAAGAGAGCGGCCACUACGAAUUCUUAGCGUUCGCCGAAAGUGCGAAUCGUUGCGGCCUGGUGGCGCUGCUACAGAAGCUGGUGGCCAGUCCCAGAGUGGACGCGCACAGACAUCUCGCCAAAUGGGUGCUCACUAGGAUAAAAGCUCUGUUAGGAGAAACGGACGACCAAGACGAACAGAAAAUGGAAACUGAUCAAGAAGAGAAACCGAACGCAGCCGAAGCAGAAGCGGAAAAGGAACGUCGCGCGAAGUUAGCGGCGGAACGUAGAGCUAAGGUGAUGGCGCAGAUGAAAACUCAAAUGAAAAAUUUCAUAUCCAACAACGCUACAUUGUUCGAGGAAACCAACACCGAGGUAACAGCUGAAGAACAGGACCUUCGGCCUUUGUACUGCGGAGCUGCUCUCGGAGUGUGGGGGGGCGGAGUCCCGGAACCUCCGCGGGUCUGCAUCAUGUGCCAAGAAGAGGCACGCGUCGACGGAACGGGAGAACCGCUAGUAUUAGUGGCCUUCGUACAACAAUCUGGUGUGCUGAGCCGGAUCAGAGAUGCUGGAGACAACGAGAGGAGUCGGGACGCCUGGCUGCCUGCUGGCAUCAGGCCCCAGCCUCACGUCUCGAGCUGUGGUCAUGCGCUCCACGCUCGCUGCUGUAGGAAUUAUGUUGAUGCUGUACUUGAAAAGGAGAAUCGCAGACCGUAUCGCGGCCGCCAGCCUGCUGCCUUCGACGUGGAAAAGAAAGAAUAUCUGUGUCCGCUGUGCGAGAGGCUCUGUAACACCGCCCUCCCGCUACUGCCCAGUCCCGCCCUCCCCGGAGGCACCCCGCCCCCUCUCACCGAGGAAAUGUACAACGACGCCGUCAACCUCAUCCUGAAACUAAAACACCAAGUGUGCUCCGAGUCGGUCCACGUGUGCACCGAGUUCUGCGAGGAGAUGCACUGCCAGGCGCGGGCCAGGAGCGUGGGCGCCAUGUCCUCCGACAUGGAGGAGGAGUCCGCUGACGAAGCCGAGGUCUACGUCUCGACUCACUCGGAGAACUUGCUGUCGCCUGAAUUCCUGGUGCACUUUGAGGGCGAGGUGCCGCAGUACAAUGAGCUUACGAAGACGUUAAUCGAAGAAUUUGCUAGUGUUUUACCCGCGUCCGAGUACGGCGGGAUGGCGUCCACGGCGGCGCUGUACCGCGCCACGUCGUACACCGUGCUGAGCACCGACGCGCUGCUGCGGGCCGAGCGCCGCCCGCUGCUGGUGGAGAUCCCGUCCCGCCUGCGCGACGCGCUGCAGGCGCUGCUCCGCAUGGCGGCCGCGCUGCCCGCGCUGUGGCCCACGCCCAAGCACCUGGCGCACCACGCGCUCAGCUCGCUCAACACCCUGGAGUGCACCUCGCCCCUCACCUACGACCCUUUCGGUACUCUAGUGGCCUUGGUGCUCUCCGCCCCCUCGCUCUUCUGCAAAGUGGCCGGUCCGGCCCGACCCACUCACCUCGCUCGACAGAUAUCCCUGCAGGCGUUCAGAGCCAGUAUGGUCAAAGCCCUAAUUGUGGCCGACCUCACGUCGUGCACCACCGAGGCGAUGGAAGAACACGAGGAAUAUAAAGUCAAGCCCGAUUUAGAAAACUUGCUGUCGCUCGUUAAGGAGCUCCGACGCGGGGAUUUACCUGAUAACCUCGAUCCGAAUAAAGUCUGGGAUCAAAUACAGAAACAGUGCCACUCGUUCUUAAGGUGUUGCUGCAUAUUCUACUACUUCCUCAGCGAUAUAAACCCGCCCACGGAACUCACAACCGUCGACGGGGACAAGUGGGAUAUCAUGUGCGGGUAUCUAGAUCUGCCGCUCACUUUCAAGGAUUUAAUCGACAAUCCGAACGGUAGAAAGAAGGCCUUCGCGUGGGCUGCGCUGUCCGGGGACUGGUUCAAGGGCGAGAUCCAGGCGAGCGUGGUGCUGGAGCCCAGCGAGCCCCCGCGGCUCGUCCCGCUGCCCGAAGACUUCUCUGAACUGAUGAACAUCGCUUCGGACUUCCCCUGCCCUAACUCGGACCGCGAGGACAGUAAAAAUCCAACGAUGUGUCUCGUCUGCGGACAGAUCUUAUGUUCGCAGAGUUACUGCUGUCAAGCAGAAAUUCCAAAGAGCCGCGGCGGGGGCACGGAGCGCGUGGGCGCGGUGGUGUGGCACGCGCUGCGCUGCGGCCGCGGCGCCGGCGUGUUCCUGCGCGUGCGCUCCUGCGAGCUGCUGCUGGUGGCCGCCCCCUCGCGCGGCGCCAAGAUGCCCGCACCCUAUCUGGACACGUACGGGGAGACCGACCAGGGUCUGUCCCGCGGCAACCCGCUGCAUCUGUGCCACGAGCGGUACGAGGCGCUGAGGAUCCUGUGGCUCAGCCACGGGGUGCACGAGCGCAUCGCCCGCGCCCUCGACACCAACAUGCUCGUCAUCACCACCUGGCAGAACUUCUGAUUCACUCUGGAGCAGCUGCAGCAGGCCGUCAGGGACAUCGGCGUCGCGUGAUGCCGACUGAUCUACGUGACGGGAAGAACAUAUUCGACACUGUAACCCGACGCUAUUUCAAUAUAUUUUCCAAAAAACAUUUAAUAUUUUAACGAAGAUUGCUCGAAGUCUAGUAUAAUUCCGUCGUGGAAUAAUGAAUUAGAAUAAUAUCUCCUUUCUGAAGAUUAAGCUUUUCAACGGUGUUACAAAACUAUCAUCUUAUUCUGUUUGUGUGUCACGGAAUGUGGCUCAUUUAUGUUUUUAUCUUGGCAAUUAAAGAAACAUGUGGUUUCAGAAUUUUGUAUUAAAAUACAGUGUUGAUAUUCUUGGCAAAAAGUGUUUUGCGUCGUUUCUUAUCUGCGUAAUUUUUUUCUUGUUAAUAAAGUUGAUAAAUUAAUGUCUUGAAAAUUGUUUCAAUUAUAUUGUAAUGUAAAAUUGGUGUAAUCGUGUUUUCUUCAACUAACAAAUUUGUACAAUAUUCUAAUAAUCGUUAUAUUUAUUUAUAAUAAUAUAAAUUUUGAUUUAUAAACAAGCUAAAAAACCUAAAACCUAUAUACACCACAUUGUUGUGUGAGAUUCCAUAUAGAAAUUUGCAUUCAGAAAAGUUAACUAGUGGCUAUUCGAAAUAACAAUCUAGAUUAAAUAAUUGACAUUCUAAAUGUUGCGAGAAAUGGCUGUGUUAUACUCAAUAUUAUUUCUCGUGUAGGGCGUAAGACUGAGCACACAACAGACAGACACUGUAUCGGAAAUAAAGUUAUUUGGUUUAAUUGAUGUUCGAGCUGGUUGAGAGUAAGCCCUUUACUGAACUCGUAGCUUUUGACAUUGGAUUCUCAAAAGUAUUACUAUUAGACAUAGCUUAGUCUAGCUCAAUCUAAAAUAAGUGGUUGUACUUGACCAUGAAAUUAAAAAAAAUAUUUAAUAUGUAAUCUGUUGAUCGAUAAACACCCGGUCUUACGCAAUAGCAUUAGAUUCGUUAUCAAACGAGCUUAAAUUAGGUUGUAGUUUGUGUUAGUGCAAUUGAUUAACAAUGUUCUUAAUUUUAGUGUGCGUUGUUUUAUCUAACAUUUAAUAUAGAAUGUAAAAUAGAAGCUAAAUAUAGAGGGUUUAUUGUUGAUGGAUCUGCUGUAAUAGAAUAUAAAUAAUAAUGAUUAUAACUACAUCAUAUACGUAUAUCUAAAUCAAAAGUAAUAACUUUUCAUAAGUAAUAGAAAACUUUAUAUAGACUUUGAAAACCAAUAUUACGAAGAAUAAUAACCUAAAUAUAAAUAAUCUAAUAAUUCUGCCCUCUUGCGUUCUAAUAGCCUAUGAAGGCUUAAUUUAGUUAGGUUGUAAAAUUUUAAUUUUCGUCCUUUACGUGAUGUUAAAUAAACAUCCAAGUUAAUAGAAAACAUAAUAAUAUGUAGAAAAGAAAUCUUAUAAAAUAUGUAUAUCUCACAAAUAAAUUUUUGAAGAUGACGAUUAAUUCACUUACAAAACUUACCAAAACAAAGCAUUAGUGUACAUAGCGCUCAGGUUUGCUUCUUGAUUGAUCAAACUUUUCUCGUACUAUAAUUUAAAAUGCUUUGCCAAAUACUAUUAGCACAUAUAGGAAUAUUAGUCGUAUGCGUUUUGAGUAAAUGUAAAUAUUUACCAUUUUUACCACCAUAUUAUGUACCAUUUACAAAAAAUAUUACUUUUUUUAUUAUUAAAUAUCAUUAUGAAAAUGGAUCGUUUCAUAGUCAUCUAAUAAUAAAAUUAUAUGAAUAUUUUGAUGUCUGUGUACUAGUGUCCGGUGUCCUUUAAAACGUUUAUCAAUAAUUAAAUAAGCAUUGAUUGCAUUACAUAAUAA